AUGCUGAUGGGCGCUCGCAAGGGACGGUACCGCAAACCGUUCCGGGAGGAAGCUCCGCGAGGUUUGGCGAAGGAUAUCCGCAGCGAGUUGACCGAGACCGUGAGCAAGAACAUGUGCAAGGUGUCAAUCGACCGCUCCCUUGGUUGGAUCAAGGUCGAUGGCGACAUGGUUGUGCGCACCACGUUCUUCACGGGCCGCAGGGGAAGGAGCCGGAAGGUUAUCUCAGGCUGGUGCACCAUCGAAGAGGUGAAGACUGUUCUCCGGGCUACCGCCGCCUAUCCGAACCUCUUUAAGGAGAUGGUCCGCCUAUCAAAGUUCUACAGUGAUGCAGACUACCUUAUGAUCACCGCGCCGGGUGAUGACGACGGCGAGGCAGCUGUUGUGCCGGAUCGGCAGCUCUCCAGCGACGACAUCGAGCCGCUUGCCGGCGACGAGCCGCCUUCCGUGGCUGAUCUGACUGGAUUUACCGUCCACGGCUUCCAGCUCUGGGCCUGGCCACACCAUCCGUCGGGUAAGUCUCGCCACGAUCAUCUCGUGCGCCACUGGACGCUGGUGGCGGGUCAUCACCUUCUCCGUUCCGGCUGGUUCCGCGCCGACGAGCUGUGCGCGGUUGCGCGCGAGGUCGUCGCCGAGCUCCUGGCCACCUCCAAGAAGGAGGCGCUUGCUGUUGCGGCGGCACCAACAACUCGCAUUGUGCCUCAGGGCCUCAACUUUGUCUCGCAUUCGGCAGCCAAGGCGUCGGCAGCUGUCGCCGGUGGUGACGGCGUGGGUUCGGCCUCUCGCCCGUCCAUUCCGCCUCGCGCCCGCUGGACCUCUCUGGACGAGGUACCUGUCCACGGGCCUUACGAGCGGCGGGCGGUGCUUGGCGCUGGGCAGUACGGAGUGGUGCUACUGGUGGCACUGGCCGGCAGCGAUGAUGCAGCGGCUCGUGCGGCGGCCGUCGACAACCACGGCGGCGACGGCGGCAGUGAUGGCGAGGUCUACUGCAUGAAGGUCAUCGAUGUGGGCUCUUUUUCGGCGCAAGAGCUGAUGCAUGCCAUGGCCGAAGUCACAGUCCUUGGCGCCAUGCAUUGCGCGACGAUUGUGGACCUCCGCGAGUCGUGGGUCGAGGACGACGACCUGGUCAUUGUCAUGGAGGCUGCGCUCUCGGGCGAUGUCGAGUCGUUGGUCGAGUCGACGCGGGUCGCGGGUGGAAGACUGGAUGCUGACGUGGUGUGGAUGUGGGCGAUCGAACUGCUGCUUGCGGCCCGACACAUCCACACCCGUGGCAUCAUCCACCGCGACAUCAAGGCCGAGAACGUGUUCCUCACUGGCGACGGGCACGUCAAGCUCGGCGACUUCGGCAUUUCUGUGGCGCAGACCGACAUCGAUGACGAUGACCAGGUCAGCGCGCUGCCGCGCUUUGGCACACCGUACUAUCUGGCGCCCGAGUUCUUUGGCGGAGCGUCGCCGCGGGCACCGGCUGCCGCCGCCAAGCGCGACAUGUGGGCGCUCGGCGUGGUUCUCUUUCGCAUGCUCACUCUUCGCUUCCCUUUUGAAGCCAGCUCGAUGCGGGCCCUCCGCCGAGUGAUCAAGCACGAGCCGGCGGUGGUCCCACGCAAGGCUGCACCUCCAGCACUCGCCAGCCUCGUCGAGGAGUUGCUCUGCAAGGAUCCAGCGGAGCGGCCGUCGGCCGACGAGCUUCUCAGUCGCCCCGAAGUCCGGACGCGGAUGAUGGCAUGCGUGCCUGAAGCGCUUUAUUUGCCCGAGUUUCCGGACGAGGCUGUUGGGCACGCGAUGCCAGACGCACGCAGCCAUCCGAUGGCGGCGGCUCUUGAUGCGGUUGACGUGCCGAGCAUCUGCGUCGGCCUCGCGGCCGGCGAGACUUCGCCGCUGGUGGGCGCGUUCUCCCCGCUUGACGCCGCCGGGCACCCGUAUGUCCGCACGCCCGCUGACUACUUUGCGGUUGCCGAGCACUCGGAGACCGACCGCGAGCGCGCGUUUGCGCCGCUCGCUGGCAGGCUCGCCCACAUUCUGCUCACAGAGGACUUGGGCGAGGCGAGGGCGCGGCGAGCGGAGCGGCUGCUGAAGCGCACACACUCGUCGCAAGAGCUAAUCGAUUCGCUCCGCGAGCACCUCGCCGACGCAAGCGAGGUCGAGACCACGCCGCUGCUGGCAGGCCUGGCGGCCGAGGACGCUGGGCAGCGUCCGAUGCUCUCGCCGCGGCUCUCGUCGCGACUGCCACACUCUCCACGGCAGCGGCAGCGGUCGCCAGCGACAAGCCUUGGGACCGGCACGCUGUCGACGGCGUCGUCGACGACACUCGACUCGGACGAUGAGCUGACGUCGACCUCUUUCUCGACCUCUGACUCGGAUGCGGGCUCGGUGGCUGGCAGCGACGGGUCGCAGCCGCGGUCACGGUCGCGGGUCCGGUCCAUGCUCACGGCCAAGCUGAUAGAAAAGUUGGAGCAGACACGACGGUCGCCGCACUUUCGGGCCCUCAACUCGGUCCGCAGAUCGUAUUUGCGCGAGCGGCGGCGGUCGCUAGUCUCGCUCCCGACUCGGACCGACCUAUCACCGUCGGCAAACCGCCGGCGGGCCAUGUCGCGGCCGUCACGGUCCAACGAAGAGCUGCUCUCACCCGGCCUGAUGCGGACUGGUAGUGGCAGUAGCGAUGGAAGUUGCGAGCACGAGGCCGAGUGCGGGUCGCUGCUACUCUCUGUGCCGCAAACGAAGUGACGCGAGUCUUGCUCGGCUUCAGUUGAUGAGAGAUACAGUCAUGUUUACGCGUUCAUCUUGGCCACGAUCCGCUUGCCAUACUGCGAGGCCUGCAGCUCGUCGGCGACGGCGCGGAGAGCCGAGACGAGAGCCGCGCGCAUCUUGCCGCGCAUGACCGAGAGAGCGGUCUGGAUAACAUAGUUGCCAUACGA